UAUUGGAUGAAAAAUGUUGAGGAAGUCAAGUGACUGUUCCAGUCUGACUGGCCCUCUGGCGGACCGUGGGCGAGGACUACCAUGAGUCUGGAACAUUUCUUAAAAGACACACGGGUUUUUAAAAAGGUGUCAGCUGAACCUUCAGUGGGAGGGUCCAGACGCCCUCCACCCUCCGGCUCCCUCCGCUGUCACUGUGCGGUCGGUGACCCCCAGACUCACUGUCACUAUGUCAGGGCGCAGGGUGGGCUUCUACCUCAGCCUCAAGAAGCGCAGGAGAAUGAACCUGGACGCUUUUGCCAAGUUAUGGACCACGGAGUACAAGUAGUAGAGAUUGACCUCACUCAGUCAUUGGCACCUCAGGGACCAUUCGAUGUCAUCGUCCACAAGCUUUCUGAUGUGAUUGUUGAGGCCGAGCAUGACAACCAAUCACAGCAGCUGCUCGCCAACUUCCAGAGUUAUGUGUCAGCCCAUCCCAGUACAGUUAUUGUGGAUCCCCUUCCUGCCAUGACCCAGCUACUAGACCGCUUUGCCUCUUAUCGGCUCAUGAGCAAACUGCACAACUCCCUCCGAGACUGGCGUAUCUGUAGUCCCCCAUACCUAGAGAUCCACAGCGACACUGACCUACCAUCCAUCCAAGAGGCCGUGAGGAACCAGGACCUCAGUUUCCCCCUCAUUUGUAAAACCAGAGUGGCACAUGGCUCACUUUCCCAUGAGAUGUCUCUGAUCUUCAGUGUAGGGAACCUGGCGGACAUUCAUCCUCCUUGUGUUCUCCAGAGCUUCGUCAACCAUGGAGCUAUUCUGCACAAGGUGUUUGUCAUAGGAGACAAACACUUCUGCGUAGAGCGUCCGUCACUGAAGAACUUCCCCUCAGGACCCUGUGACAGGAAGACCAUUUUUUUCAACAGCCACCAGGUGUCCAAGCCUGAGUCUAGCUCUGACCUCACAGCGCUGGAUGAGAAGAUGCCAUGCCUGCCUCCUCCCAGCUCUGAGGCCAUUGCUGCCCUGGUCAGAGAGCUGAGACUUCAGCUGGGCAUGGCUCUGUUUGGUGUCGAUGUCAUCAUCAACAUCCGCACGCACACCCUCACUGUCAUCGACAUCAACAUCUUCCCAGGAUAUGAGGGAGUGCCUCAGUUUUUCUCCUCGCUGCUCAGUCACAUCCAGUCAGUGUUGAACAAACCAUCUUCUACUGACCUUCAGGACACCGACUCACUGACUACAGGAGGACCUUCUACUACAACAACCAACCUUUGAUGACCUUUGGGGAAAUUGUGCAGUGUUUUAUUUGCUUCUCAGGGCAAACAUGAAGCUCUGACACAAGUAUAUUUGUGACUAAAAUGCUCAUCAGCUGCUUUUAACUUUUAACACUUUAGUUUUAAGAAUCUAUGUAUUUAUAACAGCUCCUAAAGUGAUAUGGAACUGUAUCCCUGCACAUCAUUUAGUGCUGUUCUGAGAGUCAGGAAGCCACACAGACAAGGCAGAAGGAUUUGAUACACUUCUGUUUAUUGAUUGACAGGUAGCAUAGAAGAUACAGCAGGCACAAAAUACAGCACUCUGAUUGGCCAGUAAUAUUACAAAUGGUAUUUUUGUCAACAUUUUUUCCUGUUUGAAAUAUCCUCUAUGCCUUUAUGUCACCCCCCCUCUAUCAGACAUUAAGUACGUCUUUCUUGCUGGUUUGUAAGAUCCAUUUAGUGGAAACAUUUUGCACUUCUCUAAAAAAAAAACAAAAACAAACUACAAUACAUUCAGUAAUUUCAGGUAUUCUCAGGUGAACAAACAUCUCAUCUUUGGGAUAGACAGUAAAGAGCUCGUCAGUGUUGACUGACACAAGUUGACCAGCUAUUUUGCCAGUGUUAAUACAUAAAUGUAAAUCUUGGCUGUGUAGAAAGAGAGGUUGUAUUUGACAUAUGGAUUAUAUCUGAUGCACUUUGAUUACAUAUUAAAAUACAUGAAAUAAAUCAAUAUUUGGCUAAUUAUUGCAUUCAUGUGUGCUGUAGUCUAUAUUGUGUUAUUGCAAUUAACGUGGGCGUCCAGUGGUAACCCUGUUAAUCCUGGACCAAGUGCACAUCCAGUCAGUGUCCUCUUGGGGGCGCUGUUGCCUCAUAUUUCCAAUGACCUUGGCUUACAGACUAUGAUAUUUAAUAUAUACACGAAAGACAUGGGAACAACAGCAAUGAUGUAACACUACUGAAUAAUCAACAUUAUUGUCAGCUGUUACCAAAAGACAACAAAUGGCUUUAGUGUCUCCAUCUUCCCUCGACUCCUCCUUGGCUUGUUAAGAUAAGAGUGCAAAGCUGGCUGACAACCUGAAGUGACACUUUUAGACCUUAUAAGCUCUAAGUACAUCAUGUCUCCGCACACCAGAUACCUAACAUCAAAGAUAACGUAUCUGCGUGCAGCACUUCAGCACUAACCUCUGUGUUUUGUUGUGUUUUUUUGUGUGUGUGUGUCACCCUGGUUCGCCUCAAACAGUCUGGUUUUAACAGUGCGUGAGCCAAAUGAAACACAAUCCUUGUUUCUAUUUCAUCAUCAAAGAAACGCAAAGAAAUCAUGACUUACUCCUGUGUAGAAAUAUCAGUAUACAAGUUGUCGUUAACAGUCAGAACAGCAGGAACAGCUUACACAUACUUAUUGCACAAAAUAUACUGUAUAAUGAAAUACACAGAUUACAGGGAACUUAUUUUCCCAUCGAGAUCACACCAUCAAGGAUGAUACCUUUAGAGAAAAGAAGCACUGAUUGCCACUUCAGACAUUUCAUAGAUGACUAUGGUGUGUGUGUGGUUGGCAAUCUGCAGUCAAAAAUACCACUGAAAUUAAAGUGCUGAAUGCUUUGCAUCCUUUACAACUGUAGUAAAUUCUCCUGUCACUGUACAAACAGCAUUUACAGGUAGUGAAACAUGACAUGAGCGAUGGGGUGUUUCUCUAGAAAAUAACCUCAAAAUGACCUCUUAUUUCCUCAGCUCUACACAAGCUUGGAG